AUGGACCGUUCCAAACAUAAAAAACAUCAUCGUCAUCACCAUCGAAGUAAAGAUAAAACUGAUGAUGAUAGUAAAGAUCGAAAUCGUGAUCGUCGUCGAUCACCAUCACCAUCAGCAUCAUCUUCAUCAUCAUCAUCUGAUAACAAUUCUACAACAACUGAUGAAGAAGAAUAUCGUGAAAAACAAAUAACAACUAAAGGUAAAACAAUGGAACAAAUUGAAGAAGAACGUCACAUAAUGAGAGCAGAAAAAAAACGACAACGUGAACUUCGAAAAGUUUAUGAAACUUCACAUGAAAAACGUCAACGACGUUUAGCGAAAAAAAUGGAAAAAGAACGAAGGAAAAAAUCUGCUCUUGGUUGGGAUGCUGAACAUAUGGGUAUGACAAAUGCAAAUAAUCCAUAUGGUGAUGAAAGAUUACUUGAAACAUUUGUUUGGGGAAAAAAAUUAGAAAAAAAAGGUUUAUCUGAUGUUCCACCUGAACGUCUUAAAGCUUUAACAGUACAACGUGUUGAAGAAAAUAAAAUUGAAUUAGAAAAAUUAAAAAAACAACGAUUAGAACGUGAACGUCAAAAAGAAGCAAUGGAAAAAGAAAAAGAAUUUUUACAACGUAUUAAAGAAGCUGAAUAUUAUCGUGAAUGGGAAAAACAAGAAGAUUCAUUUCAUUAUAAUCAAGUACGUCUUCGUUCAAAAAUUCGAAUAACUGAUGGUCGUGCUAAACCAAUUGAUCUUCUUGCACAUUAUAUUAAUGAUGAUGAUGAUGAUUUAGCUGUUGAAAUGCAUGAACCAUCAACUUAUUUAAAUGGUCUUACUAUUCGUGAUCUUGAAGAUUUAUUAGCUGAUAUUAAAGUUUAUACUGAAUUAGAACAACAACAAAAAUCUGGAACAAAAUCACAUUAUUAUGAUGAACAAUAUUGGCAAGAUGUAACAACAAUAACAGAAGAUGAAUUAGCUAAAUUAAGAAAAUUAUCAUCACAAUUAUAUCAUGAUCAAAGAAUUGAUGAUAGACGUGAAGGUAUUAACGUAGCUGUUUCUCAAGAUGUUAAUGAAACAUUUAAAAAUAAAACACCACAACAAUUAGAACAAUUAGAACAACGUAUUAGAUCAAAAAUUGAAAAUGAAAAAGGUAUUGAUAUUGGAUAUUGGGAAUCAUUAUUAUCACAAUUACAAGCACAUAUGGCUCGAGGACGUCUUCGUGAUCGACAUCAAUUAACAUUAAAACGAAAAUUACAAAAAAUAAAACAAGAACAAGGUAUAUUUCAUGCACCUUUACCAAUAUCAACGAAAAGUUCAACAAUAUCAAAAAAGAAAGAUAAUGAAGAUAAUAAUAAUCAAUUAAAUACAUUUAAUGAUAAUGAUUUUGAAUCAAAUGAAGAUUUAGAAAAUAAAUGUUUACGUGAAUAUGAACGAGGUCGUUAUUCACCUAUAUUAGUUAAUAUAAAUGAUCUUGAUUUGGAAAUUCAAAAACGUUGUACUGAUGAAACAGAUGAUUGGGAAAAAUUAAAACAACAACGUGAAUCUGUUAUUAAAUCUGGUUCUGUUAAACCUGAUGUUGAAGAUGCUUUUGAAGCAUUUGCUCGAAGUAUGGGUAGUUUAACAGAUGAUGAUUCAAUUAUUAAUACUGUUGUACCUAUGGAUGUUCAAUAUUUAUGGUCAGAUAAAUAUCGACCACGUAAACCUCGUGUUUUUAAUAAAGUUCAUACCGGUUAUGAUUGGAAUCAAUAUAAUAAAAAACAUUAUGAUACAGAUAAUCCACCACCAAAAACUGUUCAAGGAUAUAAAUUCAAUAUUUUCUAUCCUGAUUUAAUUGAUAAAACAAAAACUCCAUCGUAUAGUCUUACUGUUUGUGAAGAUAAUAGAGAUUUCUCAAUUCUCAAAUUUCAUGCUGGACCACCAUAUGAAGAUAUUGCUUUUAAGAUUGUUAGUAAAGAAUGGGAUUAUUCAUAUAAACAUGGAUUUCGAUGUCAUUUUCAAAACGGAAUAUUUCAAUUAUGGUUUCAUUUUCGUAAAUGGAAAUAUCGUCGAUAA